AGUAAAAUUUUAAAACAAAAAAAUAGUCUAUGGUUCAUGAAUUAGCUUCUCGUAACGUGCUGCAGUUUUCAUUCUAAUUUGUUUGGAAAUAAACAAUUAUAAGUGAUUAAUUAUAAAUCUAAAUAUUAUUUUGUGCAACAUAAAACAUGAAAAAUGAUUGAUGAUAGUGACAUCAGUGAUACAAACCUGGAACGACGCUUUUGAUUAUCACCAUUCUUCGCUCAGCGAAGUGACGCCAUUUUACGGGAAUGAUCAGCCCGCGGCUGCCUCAUAAUAAGCCUGAUGUAAGGAUCGCUCUUCCUAAACGGAUGCAUGGAAACAAAUCUUUAUUGCUGUACUCGUACUGGACGUACGAUUUCAGAGAAAAUUAUGGAAGAUGGUAAUUCUCACAAUACGAAUGACGAAAAGACCGCUACGGCACUCUUCGCAAAUUUGUAUGGUGAACGAGGUUCGAAAUUGACGACAAAUGGGCACGACCCAACAGGCGAGAGCUCGAGUUAUUCCGAUGACGCUUACGAUCACUGCCCGCCCGCGCACGCCGCCAUCGAUCCCGCCAAAGACGAUAAGUUCAAAAAACGUAUAAAUCCACUGAGAAUACAUCUUGGAAAGAGACCAUUUGUAGAUAACUCCCUACAAUAUUACAGUUCUGUUAAGAAAAAGAGGCCAUUAAUAACAAAGCCAAAUGACAGGCCACCCGCAAAUACAACUCAUAGAGCACCUAAACUUAUCCCGAAACGUGACCGCCUCCAGUUUCACAAUAUUUCCUCACAGGUGGGUAGCACAACAGUUGACAAUGAACAGGAUAAACCCACACCUCGACUUGUGCCUAAAAGCCAGGUGCAGCAAUUUAAGAAGGGUAAAAUUGAAAAGGGACCUCAGUUGAAGGAAUAUGCUCAGAGUUUAGGAUUACAACCAAUGGUCAAAUUCAAAUGCCGAAAAUGUUGCUCUAUGUCAUUCAAGACACUAGCAAUGCUAAAAGAUCAUCAAUUAGUUUGCCGAGCACAGGCAAAGGAACCAACUAUGAGUCCAGAGGCUGCACCAACCACAGAAGCCAAUCCCGGUGGUCCGUCAAGGGUCACCCGCAAGGUUUAUUUAUGUUCAGCAUGCGGUACCUAUUAUGAAAAUUGGAAUCUCUUUCUUCACAUGCGAGAAGUGCACAAUAGACAUAUUUGCUUGUUCUGUCUCGGUAUGUUUUCAAAAGCAGAAAAAUUAGCGUCUCACCUUACAAAUAAACAUAAUGUGCAAGAGUUCAACUAUGAUAGCAAGGAUGAAUUUUUCAAUGUUUACAAUGGUACCCUGUAUUUGAUGUGUUGUGUUUGUGAUGAAGUAUAUAGUGAGAAAGAUGAUUUCUUCAAUCAUGACUGUAAUAAUGUGAAGCCAAAACCUGUGCCUGUACUUGUAAGUAAGAAGUCAAAUGCCACAAAGAUUAAAAGUUGUAAUGAAAUAUCAUCAAAUGGUCCACCAACUAUUACAAAAGAAGCAGUGAAAUCAUUAAAUGAUAAAUAUGCAGAAUUGAAACAUGAAACGGUGACGUCCCAAUCGCAGCCAGUCUUACCAGAUUCCAUGGACUUAGAGCCAGCUCACAGUGACACAAGCAUCAGUUCCGAUAGCUCAGCUGCACGGGAGGUUACCAGUUCUGUGGAUUGUGCGAAAGAGCCAGACAGUUUCACUCACCAAGUGAGCCCAAUUCACAAAAGUGAUUUUAGUCCAAAGAGAAAUAGGCAUCCAUAUCCAAAUGGUGAUGAAAGAGUAGACCAAUCCGAUGAAAGUAAUUCUCCAAUUUCUGAAGAAUCAAAUAAAUAUCCAAAUUAUGAUAUCACAAGUAAGCCUGAAGAUGCUAUAUGUACUCCUAUUGAAAGAGAAGGUGGCAUAAAACUAAAAUUGAGUUUGAAUAAAGCAAAUUCCCCUGUUAUAAUAAAUUCUACUGUAGACCCAACAAUAGGACAACAAAAAGUCACUAAACCACCUACAAGAGUUCGACGGCCACCUAAAAGGUAUGAAAAAGAGACUUUACCUGAACCAGCUGUACAGCCAAAGGUCCCAUCCAUUAAGAUGACUAUAUGUGACAAAGCAGAUAACUCAUUUGUUAAGACAACCAUUUAUGAAAAUGAUAAAGAGAUGACAAUGAAAACUGUAUUAAAUAAUAAUUUGGAAACACCUCAAAAGACACCAGAACAUAAGCAAGAGAACACAAUCAAAUCUACAAUUUAUGAUAACAAGCAGGAUGACAUCAACACAUUAAACAGGGUACCCAAGCUAACAGUAAGAGUUCCUAAGGAGCUACUGGAUAAGGACUCUUCUAGCGAUUACUCUUCAGACAGUGAUGUCAGUGACAAACUUACUGUUGAUGAAAACUCUACUUUGAAUGAGUCUGAGAAUUUUAAGGAAUCUGUACCUGUUUCACCUACAGAACAACCAACACAAGUUCCUGAUAUUCCUCAACCAGAGCUUCCUGCAAGUUUAGAAUCUUUGAAACAAGAUGAGACUAUUCCAAAAGAAGGAGAUAUUAAUCCCGAGAUAUCAGAAGAGAAAACAGAAGUCAAAUUGGAACCUAAAACUGAAAAUGAGGAAAUAGAUGUUAUGACUGAAACUAAAAUGGAAGAGCCAGAGAUUCCAGUCACCGAACUUGCCUUGGACAGACCAUUGGACAAAUACCCAUUAAAAGAUCUUUUGAAAGUCUUUGUAGCUUCCACUGCCUUUAAUUGUAUAUAUUGUAAUUAUGUUCGCAAAAUAGCUGUGAAUUGUGAACAACUCGCCUUACAUAUGGUGGCUCAACAUCGAUUUUCGGCCACUGUGGAUAGCAUUACAGCUGAAGAGCUGAUGCCUGAAACUAUUACGGCAAAAUUAAUAACAGGAGCUCCAGUCUUGAGCUCUGUGUUUAUAAACUUGAACUCUUACGACAGUGAAGAAACUAAUGAAGAUAUACAAUAUGAUCACAUAUUUGAAUGUUUUCAGUGUUAUUUCAAAACUGCUAUACAUAAAGAUCUCUAUUUACAUAAUCGUAAAAUGCAUCAAAAAACAAUAUUACUGUGUGUUAUGUGUAAAUCUAAUUUCUAUAGUUAUAGUGAACUGUUGUGUCAUUUAUGCCCUGGAACUUAUGACUCUGAGUAUGAAGCAAAGUUUAGAUGUUGUUUGUGCAGUGUUGACUCUAUACCAUCAUCAUUUAGGUUAAUGGUACACCUUAGGAAGAUUCACCACACAUGUGAUGUUUGUUUAGAAUUUUGUCAAAGUCAAGUUAGAUUGUCUAAUCAUGUAUGGAAACAUAAAUUGCACCAUUUAUGCUAUCGUUGUGGCAUUGCCUACAGGAAUAAGCGUGAUAUUACCAAUCAUUUAUUUUGGAAACAUGGCACAGAAAGUGUUUUGUGUAAGAGAUGUCUUCAGAAAAAAUGGCCUCAUGUCUAUCAUUUCUGCACACCACCAGCAGUAUUUAUUUGUGAAGAAUGUAGUUUACAGUUUACUAAAGCUGUUUAUUUGAAAGUUCAUAAAAGAUUACAUUCAGAAGAAUAUCCUCACAUCUGCACAGAAGAAGGAUGCACUGAAAAAUUUGUUUCUAAGAAAUUGCUUAUGAAGCAUGUUGAUGACCAUAGAAAGAAACUAAUUACUGAGGACUUGAGUGAAGAGAAGCAGUCACUAUUUAAAGAUGCACCAUUAGAGACAUCUAAAGAACCCAUACCUGUUAUUGAUUUGGUUGAUGAUAUUCCAAAAGAGGAAGCUGGACCUUCCCAAGAUAAUGCUGAGGCCGGCACUGAGCAACUUUCUAAAAAAGCAAAGAAAAAGAAAAUGAAAGAAAAAGAUGCAUUAUUAUUGGAUGUCAAUUUUCCAGCCCUAGAUCUUUCAGAGAGUGACAGUAGUGACGAGUCUGACAGUGGAGCACCACCAGUAAAGAAAGAAGAAACAACAAAUGAAAAUAUCAUAGAAGAAAAAACAGAGGUUGUUAAUGAACAGAAAGAUGAAGCAAAAGCUGAUUCAGAGAUGCCUCUUGCUCCUCAAGCUGAAGAUAAUCCUGCAACAGCUGAAGAUGAAAAGCCAGAUGAGAAACAAGUUCUUGAAAUUUGGGACAACUUCAAAAAAUACCAAGCCAAAGUUGAAAAACACAAGGAAAAAACUCCUCCUUUGGUUCUUAUAAGAAAACAUGUGUGCGAAUCUGAUCAUGAUUAUUGCAUAAUACCUACUGACUUGAACGGAGAUGAGGAUUCAUUUGGUCUGGAUAAAAAGAAAACUAAGAAGUCGCCCAAGAAAAGACAUGGUGACUUAUCAUCAUCAAGUAGUAGCAGCAGUGACAGUGAUUCAAGUUGUUCUUGUGGGUCCAAUUGCAGUUGCUCGUCCAGCAGUGGCUCCUCCUCCUCCAGCUCCUCAGAUUCAGAUUCUUCUGAUGACUCAAUUAAUGGCAAUGCAAAGAAGAAGAAAAAGCAGCUCAAAAAGACAUUAUCUAGUAGAAGAUUAAGUAAUGGCUCUAAUGUUGAUGUGAUGGGCAUGUCUGAGACACCUAUUUUGAUUCCUGAGAAAACAGAACCUCCUAUAGCUGAAACUGAUUUGGAAACUGAAGAAAGUGAAACAGAUGAAGAAUUUUAUGAUGAGAAUCCUCAAAGAAUAGCAAAUAAGUUACAUGCAGAAAAACGCAACCAGUUGAUGCUUUUGGCAUCUGUUGCUCCUUCAGAUGGCGGGUCUAUUUCUGGUGACGCCAGUCGUUGUGCUACGCCAGUGAAACAGGAAGAAAAUGACCCUCCAAAACAAGGAACAGAAGAAAAGGAGAAAAUUGAAGUCAAAGAUAAAACAUCAAGUAGCAAAAAGAAAAGUAAGAAGAAAAAGAAGUCAAAGGGAUCCAAAAAACACGCACCUAUAAAAAUUAACAUUCCUAAAGACGUGAUAGCCAAAUCUGAAAUAGAGACACCUCAGCCACCUUUAGUUCCUAACAAAAUUACUAUAUCUUUACAAUCCAAUACUGUACAAUUGCCAGAACUGCCAGCUACUCCAAUAAUACCCAGUAACACCAGUACUCCAGUAGCAUCCUCAGAGAACAAGCGCGCGUCCAAAAGGAGAAGAGUUCCAAAUAAAUUUUAUGGAUAUUCCAGUGACGAAGAAACUCCGUCGACUCCAAGUUUGUCGGCAUUGAAGCCUCAGCAGCCACCAAAAUUAGAAUGGAGGAAGGAGGACCUCCCAUCUCCAGUGACGCACAAAGCUAAGAAAGAAAUGCCAUCGACAGUUAUUCCACAAAGGAUGUAUAACUACACUGAGCCUAUUAGAUUGACAACUCCCAUUCCAGACCCAGAGCCGCCACGAAUCUUGAUGAAUACAGAGUCGAUGUCGUCAAGUGAUUCCGACUCCAGCGACGAGGGCAAUCUGGAGAUAUGCCAGCCUCAUAAUAUGUACGAUAGUGCACCAAUCCCGCCUCCCACAUACCUCAACUCGGGCACUUCCAGUCUCCCGUAUCCAUUCCAAAGGCCCGCAGUACGGCAAGCGCGCGAGGGCGAGAGCGUAUACUGCUACUGCCGCUGUCCGUACGACGAGGUGUCGGAGAUGAUCGCCUGUGAUGCCGAGGGCUGCUCCAUCGAGUGGUUCCACUUCGAGUGUGUCGGUAUCAUGGUGCCGCCCAAAGGCAAGUGGUACUGCCCAGAAUGUAGGAAAAAUCAAAGUUUUUCAGGUUACAGAUAAUUCAACUUGUAUAUAAAUUUUCCUGUACUGUUAUACUCUGUAUAUAACUUAUUGAUUGUAGAUAGUUUAGCUUUACCUGUAUAUCUUUGUAGGUAGUUUGUGUAAGUUAGGUUAUUAGGUCUGAAAAAAUGUAUCAUUGUUAUAAAAAAAAAAGUACAUGUUAUGCUUCAUACCGGCCGUGCGGUCAAUCUGUAACCUGGCAACUUGUUACUGGCAUUAAACUUCUACAGCAAGACGGAAAUAUAAAUCCGAUUUUUGAUACCAA